CAAAAAUGGCAUAACCAGUCAUUCUUCAUAGAAACCAAAACAAUAAUAUUAUUUUCUUUAUAAUGUUAAAAGUUGUCCAAAUCGAUAUCUAAGGUCGGAUAAUUCUCAAGGAAUACAAUGUCCUCAGAAACAGUGGCUAAAACUGUCGGCAAAAAGCUGCGAUAUUACUUCGAGGUGAAGAGACUGGAAGAUGGCUUUGACCUGUCUGGUACCCAUUCUCCACAGCUGAAUCACCCACCAUUAAAAUCACGCCCGACCCUCCAGUAUGACGGGCUUCAUGACCGGGCUCUUAAGCACUAUUUCAGCCAACCAGAUGUGAAAACUCGGCUCACACAGAUGCACCCGACGGGAGGUGACUUACGUGAAGAUGAUCUUAGACAGCUUCUCAAACGAUACAUGUACAAAUAUAGGUUCAUUACUUCCCAAGAUGAGAGCACCAAGUUACAGGUUAACCAACCACUGAAACUGGUGGGAUUUGACAACCCACCAAAGAAGCCUGAUAACCAUGGCAACAAGAGGUUUCCAUGGCAACGGCCUUGGGAGCAGCAGCCGGCACACAACAAGCACCCGACAAUGCCAGAGUGGAUGUAUCGCAACCAUCCAACACAGGGGCGGACCAUCAAACCAGAGUUGGUUGGCUUUGGAGUCGGUCUCAAGUCUCAAAAACACAAGCGUAUCAAAGGUGGUUUUCCUGUGAUGCGCUCUGUGCCGAGCAGUAAGGUUACGAGGGGAGAGGCCCACAGACUCAUUGAUGUGGCAACAAAGAUACUCGUUGCUACAGAGCGUGUUCAAGACAUGAAAUCCCGGCCUGGCAGCCCCACACGGAAACCUGCUGCUCCAGCACCGUUUGAGACCAGUAAGCCCCUUCCAGAUAAUACACGAGGACAGAGGAAGAAGCGACCUUCAACAGCCAAGUACUCGUGGGAUAUACAUGGCAGAAGGCAUGUCAGGGUCAAGGAAGAGGAAGCAGAAGAUGGGAACCAUCCUCAUUCUGACAGACCUCGGGAUAAAGAUGACAAGGACCGGCCAUUAUCAGAUAGACCCAGGUCUUACGAUGACAGCUUCAUUCCUGACUGGAUCAUAAAAGAUAUGUUCGCUUCCCGAAAAAGGACACAGAAGAAGGAGCACCCAGAGCCUCCUAAAGAAGAGCGUCCCAAAACACCCGAACCAAAACCUUCCCCACGCCCAAGGUCGGCCAAGUAUCGUCAUCGGGAAGCCACAGUGAUUAAUGUCCCAGAGCCAUCAGUAAGGCGAGAGGUUGUAGUGAACCAGGGAUCGCAGACGGCUGAUGAUGUUGGCAUACAGACGGAGAAGAAACUACUGGAGGAAUAUGAUCAUCAAGAGGAUGAGGUAAAGGAUGGGCCAUGGAGCGAGUACCAGGUAUACGUCAGGACAGGUGACAGGGUUGGGGCCGCCACCAAGGCAGAUGUGCGUAUCACACUGUACGGGGAGCGUGGACGUACAAAGGAGAUUUGUCUCGGCAACUCCUCCAGGAAUAAGGUCAAGUUCCAGAGGGGAAAGGAGGACAUAUUUUUGUUCCCAGCUCACCAUGUUGGAAAACUUAGGAAAAUCAAAAUUGGACAUGACAGACCAGAUCUUAGUUUUGCUUGGUUUUUGGACGGAGUAUCUGUCUAUGACAUGCAUGAGAAGCGGAUAUAUGAGUUUGUGUGCGCCGAUUGGCUAUCAGGGCGUGAUGGAGACAGACAGACAUACAAGGAGCUGAAACUGGACUGUGAGAGGGCUUUUGUUGAAGCAUAUGAUGAUGUGCGUGAACGGUCGUACCCACAAGCUGGGCGAGACAGGAGAAAAGAUGAGAACUCGAAUGAGAGUAAGGCAUCAAAAAAUGACAAGCGCAGUGUGGAGUCCAUACAGGGUAGUCGUGGUGAGCGACACAGUGACAGCGAUGACACAUCAACCUCAUAUUCCUCAUCCAGCUCAUCAAAUUCAGGUAGAGGACGAAGAUUAUCUCCUCGUUCCAAAACUCCAACCAAACCCAGGGAACCAUCCCCACCAAGACAGGCAGCAAAGGACGACUUUUUCGAUGCCAAAGUAUCAGGCCCAACAUUUACGUUCCGCAGCUCGAAGGAGGAUGAAGUUAUACAGGAGGAAUAUCUAUCUGGGUACAAGGCUGGUCUGAAUGCAGCAUCAGCGGAACAGAAGCAGGAGCACAAGAAAGAGGAUGCUGCCAAGAAAAGUGUACUGAAGGGGCCCACUGUGCAUGAUGCAGCACGCUCUGGAGACCUUGACAGGAUGCAGACACUCCUCAACUACUAUCCUGAGAUGAAAGAGGCCAAAGAUGAGUCAGGAUUAACUCCCCUGCAUGUGUCGACCCAGCAGGGCCGACUGGAUAUCGUCAAGUGGUUAACUGCCCUUGGAAUCAACCUCAACACUGAGACCCAAACUGGUUACACUGCCAUCCACCUCGCUGCAAUGAAUGGACACCUCAACUGCAUGAUUGUUCUGGCCGCUAUGGGAGCUGCCCUGACCUGUAGAUCUGUGGACAAACAGACACCGCUCCAUGUGGCCGCUAUGAAUGGUCACCUGGAAUGUGUGAAGUGGCUGAUAGCAAACCGGGCAAGCUUGACAACGGAGGACCAGCUGGGACGGACGGCCCUCGCCCUUGCUGAUGAGUACCAGCACAAGGAGGUGGCUGAGUUCAUACAGAAGUGUAUUGACGAGGCUCGCGACCCCAGCAGCAGCCUCUAUGCCAUGAGGUCAUCCAGGAAAGGGCUGGGUACAAUAGAGGAGGACAGCAGUCCCCGGCAAGAGCGCAGCACUAUGUGGCAAAAUGAUACUAACCCAGACUCUGCAUGCGCAAAUGUGGGCAGUGAGUCUGAAGGUAGAAAAGCACGAGAAAAACAUAAUUCUCAGUCUGUACAGGUCGGUCACUGUUGUACACGUUGUGCACUUUGUUUGUGUAAGGCACAUUUUGUAUCAGUUUAUAUAAAUGUAUUGAAUGAACAUUAUAUUAUUACCCAUCAUGUUGAGUUUCACAUUUUCACGGACAUAUUCCAGAACACCACCUUUUGGUUUCAUGAUGUAAUUGUUUAAAGACAUGAUACCUUUCCUAGAUUUGUUUCACUUCCCUCCUUCAAAUUUAAGUACUGAUAUCUAACAUUUAUAAGUAUGCUUUACAUAUUGUAGUUACUUUUUCCUUUUCAAUAGCAAUGAAAUCAUCUUCAUGUAUUUCAUGAGUUGAGUGAAAAGCUUGCUAAGGAGAGGAACUUAUUAUCGGCAUGUUCCGGCUGGUGAUUUUUCACCUCUCUAAUUGUAUAUCAGAAGUCAUUUACAUUAUUAAUGUUGAGGCUGUUUUUUAGCAACUACAUGCUUCAAUUCAAUGAAACUACUUAAAUAGGAAAUGUGCAUAUUAUCAGUACAUUACAGUCUUAUAAUUUUUCACUGAGUUAUUGCCGUUUUAAUUACAAUAUAUUGUGAUUUUGGUCCUUUCUUGUCUGGACUGUUUCUCAGCAACUACCAGUUUAAACUUAAUGAAACUUUAAUGGGAAGCUUUACUCACAUGAUAUGUGCAUAUUAUCAGCUUCUUCCCUCUUAACGAGUUUAUACAUACAGCAUUUGCAUGGAUAACCUUGUUUUGUUACUUUCAGUGAAAUUUAGAUAACAUUUAACAUCUUUUCUUUCAUAUUUUAAAAAUAAGUAAUGACAUUUGGGAAAUAUCAACUGCUAUUUGACAGUACUUUAGCAAAGCUUUUUAUUCUUUAAACUACUAAGUUUUAUUUUAAGCGGCUCUUAAUAGUAUUAGAUUGUCCAACCUGUAUUUAAGAGUAAUUUUUGUGUAUUGUAGAAGCGUCGCCUGUAUGAGGAUCAGCAACGCCGCAUGGAGAGUACUCACACAUCCUUUCUUGACUCAAUACGCUCCGAGGCCACAGAGUGAUGCAGCCUAGGACACAACAAUUAGCCACCCCUGCAAGGCACCUCCAGACACACACCCUUGACAAGCCUCCAUGACAUGCCCACAUGAUAUGCUCACCAGACAAACCAUUGAUUUCUGACAUGAACACAUGACACUUUAUUAAUACCUAUUUUGCUGGCAUUCCUGCAUUCACAUGGACUGUUAAUGUUAUUUAAGGUAUUUUCAAUGUUAAGCUUUAAAGAUAAGUGGGCAUUACAUAUUAUAAUUCUUUUAAACUAUAAAUAAAAUAUAAAGUAAAAGUAAUUUCAUUGAAGAUUUGACUGAUUUUUAAAUGCAAACAGCAUCACUGACUUCCUAUAAAAUGAAUGUCAACAGUUGAUGAAUUAAAAUAGUUUAAGAUCUUGGAUAGAAAAACUCUACUUAGUUUUUAUGUAUUUGUUCAUUUAAGUAGUAUGUCUCCAACAUGUUUAUUCUCUUACGCAAAUCAUUUCUUGUUUGAAUGUUUUGUAUCAAUUUUUGACUGAUAUUGUUCAGAUAAUUGCAUUUAUUUCAUUUAGUGAACACAAAUAUUUUGCAUCAGUGACAAAUUAUAUUGAUGUUCUAUACAUGUACUUUAGAUGGUUAUUGGAAGUUUACAUAUCUAUAAAGUAGUAUUUGUUUUUUUACAUACAGAUCUUUUAUUGAAGAAAUUUAAAUAUUUGCUGUAGAGUUUUUGAGAAUAUUGUAUUAAGUAGUUUAUUUUAUUUUUAAUACAACUAUUUGGAUAUAAUCAAAGUGUGGGACUCUUGUUUGUCGCUCUGUUUAGUUUAAUUUUAGUCCAUGUUUUCAUAGAAGGAAGUCUGUCCUUGCUCACGAGGUUUGUUCACUAUACAGUGUAUAUGUACAAUUCCGUUUGUUAAUAUUUACUAGCGGAAAAAAGUAACUGUGCAUUACAAGAUUUCCAUGAAAUAGAAGCAUGAGAAUAAAUGCUUUUUUGGAGUUAUUUUAGAACUCGUAUGGUUUGGUAUGCACAGUUGACUUUAUUCUGCUAGUUUAAUUUACAGUAUUUUCAGGAGGAAUGUCUGUUAUUUGUUACUUGUUAUAUUUUGUUUUGCGCUCAUUACUAUGACAUUACGUAGAUGUACAUAUUUAGUAUCAGGUACUGUAGAUAUAUCUUGCCUCAAACAACUUUAAUUGUUUUGUUUGGCUAACAUUCUGUGAUAUACAUGUACAUUGUACACAUAAUUUUCUUUAAUAAACUAUUUGCAUAUUUUGUUUAGGCUUAUGAAAGAUUUACAUUCAAUAGAGUAUGUUUCAAAUAUGUUUCGAAGCAGUCAGUAGGUUUUUUUGAUCAAAAGAACAACAUGACAAGUGUUAUGAAUAUCAUGCAGUUUAAGGAGCCAUUGACCCAGUACUUAAUAAGGUAAUAUGAUCUUUCAGGGAUAUUUCUGAAAGAUAUACAAUUCAUUUUAUGUGUUGGAAGAUGUCUACAAAAACUUUCAUCUUGUUCGAAGCUUAGUUGUUAUUAAUGUUUCAUUUCUAUGUGAAUUCGGAUGUAUGGGUUUUGCAAUAUACUUGCACACAAGGUACAGUUAUGGUUGCGGUCUACUAAAUUGAACAAAUGAUGAUUUAUAAUCUAUUGCCAGUGUUAUAUUUUACAUGGAAUGUGUUGUUUUCUAUUUCAUUAACCCUGUGGUGGACAUGAUCCCUAUGUUGUGGACAUGAUCCCUAUGUUGUGGACAUGAUCCCUAUGUUGUGGACAUGAUCCCUGUGUUGUAGGCAUGUAAACAAACAUGUUAUUGAAAGAAGUAGAAACAAAUAUAAUAAAUUAUUGUCUUAGCUACUUAGUUUAUUGCUUUUUUCACAAAACUGAAAUAUUUCGCAGUGACUUUAUAAUGCUUAUUAGUUGCAUUCUGGGUAGGAAAUGUUAUAUAUUUAUCAAAAGCUCUUUAUUUAAUCAGCGUAUUUCAGUAUUAUUUAAUUUAUUAUCUUUUUUUCUAACUUGGUUUUACGCAUAGUAUAAUUGUGAGCGUUUCAUUUAUGAGGAGAGAUUGUUUUGGGUAGUCUAUUUCUAUUAGAGUUUACUGUUACUUUAUGAUUGUUUACAAAGCUGUUAGAUUUAUAUGAUUACGACUAAGAAUCACUGUUUUGAACAAAAACAUUUUUAAAUCUGUUAGAUUUAUUCGGUUAUGACAAAAGCAUCAUAAUUUUGAACAAACUUCUUUUUAAUAUGGAAUCACAUGUUUCCAUUUCUAGUGUUUGUUGAAUGCACAAAUCAAACUGUUUAUUAGUUUGAUAAUUCAAUUCUGUCCAACACAGUGAUGUUGAGGAAAUGUUGGGUUUCUGAAAAUGAUGUUAACAGAUUAAAAAGAUAUACUCAUACAUAUGAUCUUACUAAAUGUAUUUUAUAUUUAUUUAUCCAUGAAGAGUUAAAAUAAUAGAAUUGAAAAUGUUAUACAAGGAAUCUUUUGUUAAAGAUGUGAUAUGUAUAUUUGAACUUUUUGACUGUUUUAUAGCGUCAAAUUGUAAAUUUAGAUUUCGUUUUAUUCUUUUGUCUUUAUAGGAAUAUUAAUAAAAACUUAAAAAA